UGUUCGGCAGCGCGCGCGCACCACCGUGCAGUCCCGGCCCGGUUCGCUGUCGCAUCGCACUAGCAAAAGCUGUAACAGCUAGCUUGCAGCGCGCGGGAAAAUAUCGACGCACUUCCGCAGUUCUUGUGUUGUUCUCGUAUUUUUGUGAUUGUAUUAUUUUAUUAUACGUUGUCAACAUUUUGUGGUAGCAUCAGUAAGGUAAUCGGGGCAGAUAGCAUUAACGGUUGGCUCCGCGCUCGAGUGUGGCAGACCGCAAGCAUGACGAGCGCCAGAGGCUGCGCUCUCGUGCUUAUCUACUUGGUUGGAAGUUCGUUUGCGCAGGACUAUGAUGUAACGGAUAUCCAGUGUACAUUUUCAAACGGAGGGUCGGGGAUACGAGAUUCAGUGCAAGCAUUGUUAAGGAAGCCGGAAGGUUUCCGAGGGGCGCCUCUGUUCGCUGACGACAGAACGACUGACCCCAUCGCUGAUCCUGUCUGCCAGAUUAGACCUGAACCAGACGACCCCACCGGUCUGCUGUAUAGAUUACGGAUAUCAGACUUCACAAAGUGUGGCGUGUUGAAACGAAAUGGUUUCGUGCACGUGCGAGUGUGGUUCCCUCAAUUCCCGGGCGUUGUGAUGCAAUCGGACCAGGAAUUAAUUAUAAUGUGCAAGCCGCCAGAACCUACCAUCAUUGAGAAUAAGGCUGCGGGAUUUGCCGGUAGCUUUCCACACGGCGCUCGCGUCUCCGGCGUGGUAGAAGAAACGCCGGGUCGUCUGGAGUAUGAAGUAGCGCUAUACAAAGAGGCCCCACCUGUCUCCAGGCACUCUAACCACUCAGUGGACAUGCCUGUCGAUCAGGUAAAUACUGCAGUGCCAAUUGGUACGAAACUUCAAUUACGAGCACGAAUUAAUCCAGAUUCAGCAUGGCGUCACAUUAAAUUGUUAGAAGUCGCUGUGUCACCGGACCCCGACCGACCACACGCCUCGGGCGCUGUGCUUUUAGUUAAAGACGGGUGCCGAAAUCGUGACUUUGCUUCAAUCAUACCGCACCAGCCAGCCCGCUACCGGGAGCGACACAAUGAAGUAUUUCUGGACUUCGAAGCUUUCCUUCUAGCAUCUAUGAAGGAACGCUCUACUUUGUGGAUACACUCGCAAAUAAAAGCUUGCAUGGAAGCUGCUGAUUGCCAACCGGAUUAUUGUCUUGAUUUGUACGAGCCUUCAGGACACGGACGUCGAAAGAGAUCGUUGCCACAGAUCGACUCCCACAACAUAACCAGCUCGUCCCUAAUCGCUGACAACAGCAGUACUCCGUUCACCCGUUUCAAAGAGAACCUAGAGUACACGGUGGUGAUGCCCGGAGAGCUCUUCCAUAGAACACCCAUAGAGGUCACGUGCGCUACGUCCAUGAUGGUGGCUGUCGCGCUUGGGACUCUGUUGUUUAUGUCUGCGCUAUUGAUGUGUUAUCUCGCAACCAAAUUAAAUUCUACGAUAAUGAAAAACAGCAGUCUUCAACCACCGCCUGGGAAAGGGUUUGAACAAAUCUUGAGGGAACUGGCCCAUCACUCCAUCCCCGACACCGGCUACACAGGACGACCCACCGUGCAAUAAAAAAAAAGUUUCUAUCUGAAAAAAAUGCAUAAGAAAUUACCUGCGUAUAUUCUGUUAUAAACAUUUUACCUAUACUCAAAUCAUCCAAUUGUGCAAUAACCUGCGGCUUGUUAUACAUAUACUGAAAUCUUGCUGAAAUCAAAUAAAAAUUUUAAAAAAUAUUAGAUGUCAAGUGAUGUCAAGUUAUGUUCGUAAAAGCCUAGCCACCUCAAGGAAAUACAUAUCUGUUUACCAUUUUACAGGUCUAUCAGUAUUGUUAUUUUAAAGGACAAUAUUAUGCAAUUUUAUUUGACCAUUAAUUAUCAUAGCAUAGUAUUUGUUUGUAAAAAAUCCAAAUUUUAUAUAUAGGUUACCCUAUAAAAAUGCCUAAGUUUUAAACAGAAUUUAAUUUAUAUACCUACUAGAUAUUUAGGUAUAUUAUUACGUUGAUACAAUAUGUAAUUCUACAAUUUAUAAGUUUAUAGGAUAUUCUUAUGACUGAAAAAAUAAAGUUACAUUAUUGAACAUAAGCUUUUUCAGUCAUGACAAUCAUUAAGCAUUUAGAUUUUUAGCACAUAAAAUAUUUGUUUAAGUGAUUUUAAAGAAAUAAGCUCUUUGUAUGUAGAAUAGCUGUUUUAUAAAAAUAUAUUAAGUUAAUAAGAUCGAUA